AACCGGGGCCGGCUCCGGGACCGGGGCCGGGGGAGGGCAGCGCCCGCCCGCCCCAAACGGGGACAGCGCCGGGAGCCGCUGUGGGAUCGGGGCCGGCCGCACCGAGGCACCAUGCGGGCACCGCUGCUGCUGCUGCUGCUGCUGCUGCACGGUGUCAGCUCUGACGAUGAUGGUACCGUUGCAAAGUCAACCACGGCGAGCCCAGGAGAAGCUAAGCAGAUCACCACCACUAUAGCCACCAGCAACGUUCAAGGGAGCUCCCCCACGAGCAAGCCGGGCAGCCAACCUCCCAACCCUGGGACGUCGCCCCCCACAACUCCAGGGGCAGCCCCCACAAGCAAACCGGGAAGCCCAGCACCCUCCAUCCCUGCAACAUCACCCACCACUGCUCCAAAGACCACCCCUACAAGCACUCUGAGGAGCCCACCCACCACCCAGCCAUCAGCAACCACAACUCCAGCCAACAAGCCCACAGACAAGCCAGAUGACCCUCUGCCUUCCCCCACCACGUCACCUAGUGCUCCUCAGAAGGUCAGCCCUUCGGCCAGCUCCAGGACCAUCCCUACGACAGCCCCCAGCACCGCCCAGCAGAAGACCACCCCCGCAGCCACCUCGGGAGGCUUGGUAGCCAAGCCUGCUGCAAGCCCUGUUCCCACCCAGGCGAGCAGCCCCCCAACCACCUCGAGGGGCUCGGUGGUUGCUGUCACGACAUCUCCGUGCAGCGUAGAUCAGGGAAGCUGCCCCUCGGGCCAGUUGGCCAGCACUGUUGGGAGCACUGGAGUCCCAGCAGCCAGCCUUCCACCCGGCGUCAAGGACCUCAGUGCCUCUUAUCCCCAAUCCAUCACUGACCAGCCUCGCUCUUCUCCUGCUUCUCCAGUCCAGAGGCUGGUCUCUUCCCCUCAGCCAGGGAGCGCUGUCACCUCUGCUACCCCUUCUGCUGGGUCCAUGUCCCCUGCCCCUGGUAAAACACCUCCGUCUUUACCCACUGGCAGCACAGGCAAGGUCUCAAAUGCUGCCACCACACCGACUCCUCGAGCAGACCACACAAGCCAAGGAUCUGUGCCAGACAAACCCGGACUUACUGAGCGGAGCCCCACCAGUGCCCAGCCAUCAGCACCAGCCCAGGGGGACCAGACGAUAAGCAGCAGGCCUGGCCAACAGCACCCUAAUAUUUCCUUCAAAAAUGAGAUCAUUUGUGACAACCAGAUCCAAGACACGUGGCCCAUCAUAAAUCUGAAAGAAGCUAAAACCUGUGCCGACUGGAGGGCUGCCAGCAGCAACGAGUCCUUCUUCGAGAUCUUCUGCUCCAUAGGGCGGCAGGCGUUCGACAUCCGCAGGGACAAGUGCACUGUGACGCUGGCCUCCUCCGCGCCCCAGCGCUGGGCUGUGCACGCGGUGGUGCACCGCCUUUUAGACCCUGAAGCUGUCUUCGAGGAGCUGAAGGAGAAGAGGAAUGAGCUCGAGAAGCUGGGCAUCGUCAACGUCACCUACCUCAACCAGGAGAUGGAGGAGGAGGUGAAGGACCAGUUCAGCACGCCCCUCAUCAUCACCAUCAUCACCCUGGCCUGCUCCCUGCUGCUCGUCGCGGCCAUCUACGGCUGCUGCCACCAGCGUUUCUCCCAAAAGAAGAACCAGCAGCACAUCCACCCUGAUCUCCCCGGGUUUGAUGAUGGACGUGCCAUCCUGAUCUUUAAUCAGCGCCUGACGGAGGAGCUGCAGACGAUGGAGAACGGCUACCACGACAACCCCACGCUGGAGGUGAUGGAGACCUGCUCGGAAAUGCAGGAGAAGAAGGUGAACCUCAACGGCGAGCUGGGCGACAGCUGGAUCGUCCCUCUCGACACCAUCAUGAAGGAAGACCUGGAGGAAGAGGAGGACACGCAUUUAUAGGAUACGGAACUUGAUCCCGCAAGAAGCAACCCCCCAGAACCCCCAACUCCCCUAAAAAAAAAAAAAAAAAAAAAAAAAAAAAAAAAAAACCACCAUAACCCCCCCAUACACAUGCACAAUUCCGAAACAAGGCAAAAUUCCCAGAAAAAUCCCUCGUGAGCUCAUCACGGCCACCAGGUGGGGUGCAGGAUGGCAGAGGGAGGGCUGCAAGAAGACAGCUCCAUGGUCACCACAGCACUUGCAUUGGGAUGAGCGGCUCUGUCACCCAUGGGUGCUCUUCAGGACCAACCCCCCGGGACCCAAAAGGGUGAAGGGGAUGGCUUUGCUGCCCUGCUCUCCUCCAAGCAGGGAUGUCCGAGUUUUUUUUUUCCCAGCAGGGAUGCUGCGUCCCCUGCCGUCCCCCAUCUGACCAUAGCCUCCAGCUACCGAGGGACCCCAAAAUAAAAAGAAAUGUCAUGAGGAUGGGAACGGGAGCGCAGACCCCAACAGCAAACCUGGAAAUCAGAGCUCAAAAAUUCCUCCAGUCCAUGCCAUUUGGUCAUCACCCUGCCCUCCCCUACACGCUCCCUUGCAGAACACCCAGGUAUGGAGCAGGAGGAGCCGAACCAGCCCCUUCGCUCCCUUUUCAGCCAGUUUCCAUCCCCGCCGAGCUGCUGGAUGAAAACGCACCACGGCCACGCUUUGGGGCACAAGCAAAUGCCCGGGGAUGCCAAAUCCCACCCUGCCUUCAGCUGCCCCACAAAGGGCUGCUCCAGGGCUGGGACAAUUUCUUGUUUCAGACCACGGGAAGGAUGCAGCAGAUUUUGCAUUAACGUUAAAGAAAGGGACAGGAAAAGGAGUCACUCCUUGAUUUCAUCCUUCCGAGGAAGCGUUUGAGACCUGGAGCGAUGCCUGAUCGCCAGCCCAGGCACACAGCUGUGGAUUUUUUUUUUGCUGUAAAGGAGCCCAGCCCAGCUCUGCGGCUGCAUUUACCUAUGGAAGCAUCUGAUCACCUGCCAGGAACACCGCAGCAGCACUGGGCACACCUCCAUCCUCUGCCAGGGCCGGUGGCAACGUGCACGGCAAUUUUUGGGCUCACGGUGUCCUGCGUGAGCUGCAGAAGAGAUAAAAGCAGCAGAAGCGUGAGCCAGGUGGCUCGGUGGCAGCUUUCCAUCCACUCAGCCCUUGGCGUUUCCUCCCCACGAGGCUGAUAAGCUCAAUCCACAUCCUCAAGCUUCCUUUUCUUCUUGAGAAGCGGCUGAAGGAGCAGAGAUGUGCAGAGCAGCCUCCAGCUCAGCUCACUGAACCUCGUCCCGCAGCCCUUGGUCUCCUAUAAGGGCUCCCUUUGCAGUAAAUCUUUAGAGGGGGGCAAAAAUCAGAGCAGAAGAUGGUUGGACUAAGGUCGUUGCUGGUUUUCCCCUUCCCAUCCCAGCUCCUUGCUGGUUCUGGAGGGAUGGGGAGGUUGCAGAGCAGCCCGGCUUUGGUGCAAGCAGAUGCCCCAGGGGCAGGGCUGCGUACUCCAGCAGGUGGCAACGAGGGCAGAGGACCUGAAAUCACUCAGGUGAGGGCAUCUCCAGCAUCCUCACAUCAAGGUGAACCUCACGGGAUGGCUGAGGUGGGAAAGGAGCUCUGCAGGUCCUCGGGUCUGAGCCCUGCUCCAGCAGGGCCACGUCCAGGUGGCUUUUGGAGACCUCCGAGACCUCCAAGGAGACCUCCAAGGAAGGAGAAAUGAGAAAUCCUCCAUCGAGGGGUGAUGCAGCAAAUCCCUGGUGGUCCCAGGGAGGCAGAGGAGCUCGGGACGGAGCACAGCACCCAAGCAGGGUCAUCCUGCCCCGCUCCCAUCACGGCCGGGUGGUUUCCUUCGGGUCAGCACCACGGGGACCCCUUCCCAUGGCCGUCCCCAAAGCCGGGCAAAGCAGAAGAGGUGAUGAGAAAUGGAAACGGUGCCCAAACCCCGCUCGGGGGUGCUGACAGAUGAAAGGGAGGGGGCAGCUUGCCCCGCAGCUGGUGGAAGAUGCCUCGUGUCCCCCGAGCCAGCUCUUCUCCCUUCAUUCCUGCACUGACGGACAGUUUGAAGCGUUCGAGCCUAUCUAUUUUUGUAUGUAAAUACUCCUGCUGUUCAUUAGCGAUGUAUUCAGCGCACUUCACUUAUCUGUGCACUGCACUACGGGGAAGUGAUUCUGGAGGGGGGAAAAAUCAAAAAAAAAAAAAAAGAAGAGGAAAAAAAAAAUAAGUAAAAAGCUAAAGGCCAAUCUGGGAGGGGACCAAAAACUCGCCACGAAGCAGGAAAACGCCUCCCUGCUGGAGCUGGACAGCCCAGGGCCAGUGCCUCCACAUGGGUGGCAGCGAGCCCGGCUCCUUAACAUCCCAACAAGCCUUAACGAACCCUUAACGAAGCUCGCAGCCACUUCGGGAGGCACAUUUCUUCCCGAAUCGAGUGCCCGAAUUCAGCAACCUUGCGGCUCGGUCCUCGGUGGCCAGCAGAAGCCCAGGAUCCCCUUCCCAGGGCAGAGAUGCCAAAGUGCUUUAAGGAGUCAGGUCCAAAGACUUUCCGAGAGAACCCUACAAUGGCUUGAGAUCAAGCAACCUUAAAAUCUUUCAGAGCAGAGACCGGUGGAGAUAUCGACUGCUCAGCAAGUGCUUAUAGUGAUUUAUAUUUGAAUAGGAAUUGUACAUUUAUUUAUUUUUCCAGACACCAUAUUUUUAAACCACUAAUAUUUUAUAGUACAUCUUCCUUCCCCUAUUUAAAGAACUAUUUCCUUGGAAAAAGAAAAAAAAAAAACAAAAAAAACCAGUAAGUUUUUAUGUUGGUAACAUUCUUUUUGCAAAAAUAAAAUAAAUCAGGUAGGAAAUGCAGCGACGAGCAUCUUUGGCCUUAAUACUUCCCUUCGUAGACCGUAGCCAUAAAUGUUAGACCAAAAA